UCCAGGUUUCAGUUUGUAGAGCCGUGUUCUUCAAGCGUGGCCUCGUCUAUCUCUGCCUCUUCGCUGGAUCGCUCUCCAGGUUUCAGCUUGUUGAUUCAACAUCUUUGUAAACGCUCUUCUCACAUGUUGCGGAAGACUGCCCCCUUCUGGUCACAACUAUGCAGUGAAAAACUACAGCAAUCCCAGCUGGUUUUAAUUAAUUAUAGCAGCUCAUUCAAUUCCUCAGACCCUUUUUAAAAGUUUACUGUAGUAUACCCUGGUAAGAUAUAUACCCUGGUAAUAACCGAGCAGCAGCGCAGCGCAAGGGGGAAAGGUUCCAAAGCUGACAGUGUAUACUGAGCCUGGUAAAGCCCAGUACAUGCAUGGGGUAUGCCGUAGUGAAGGCAUCUUGUCAUGGUACUGUAGUCAUUCUUCUCAGCAGAGACUCACACUCCUCAUAGACUCAGGACUGAGUUGGAGGACCAGAUGCUGCACAGGAAUGCAUUUAUAGUGUGGUGGCAUUGGGACAAACGGGCUGCCUCUGUGUCAAAGUGAAAAUAGGCACUUGUGAGAAUGCUGUAAAACUACAUGUGAGGUAUGAAAAUCUGCAUGCAGGCUAUAGAAGCCAGAGAACAUUUGUGGGAAUUGCAAAAGUGUAAAAGUUAUUCUGAAAACAAGACCGUUCCUCCGUCCCAUAAUGUCACAUCCCAUCUGCCUGGUGAUGCCAUGACACUGUCAUCAUGUUUGUACUGAAGAUAAUGGGCUGUGAGGACCACUGUACUGGUUAGAGGUGGCUGCAGUAGAGAGCUCAGGCCCCUGGCUGUCAGGCAGUGUGGAGAGUCUGUGACAGAUCUGGGCAGUGCUUCACUCAGCAGCGCCCCCUGGCUGCAGGUUUUCUCGGAGGAUUCUCUGUCCAUUCAUUCAGCCAGGCUCCCUCCCAGCGAGUCCGGGCUUCCACUGCGUAACCAUGGAGGCAGAGCGAGCAGGAAGUAAACCUGAGCCUGUGUUAGUGUUGGUGUCUCUAUGGCAGUGAAAGAUCCCAUUCAAGGGGAGCCAGAGCACUGCAGAGAGACAAAAACAACAUGAGGGAUCUGCUGACCACACAGAAGCAGAACUGCUACCGCGAGCUGAUUGAGAAGGAGGUCUACACCAGGCUGGCCUGGAAGGUGAAGUAUGGGCAGGAGUACUCCAGAGGCCCGUCCCUGAGGGGGCUGAAAGCCAGCGCGGUCCCCAAGCUCCCAGCCCCAAGGACUGUCCUGCCUCCUGUCAUGUGCACUCAGAAGCCAGAGGAGCUUGCAGUGGCACAGACUGCAGAGACAGGGCUGCAGCCUGACAUGAGGCCAGUGACACCACAGAUCCGCAGCACACUCUACCAGGGCUUCUCCAAGGAGGGCAAAAGGAGGAACCUCUACCUGCAGCAGAGGAGCCAGAAGAGCCCCGAUGAGAAAUUUCAGCAUCCCGUCCUGUCCUCCUGGGAGUACGGGUGGAGACUGGGUGAGUUAGUCAAAGAAGUGAAGAAGUCGGUUUCUAGCAGAUCUGGACUUGUGAAGGAUACCUUCUAUGCUCGGAACGGCAUUUUCAACUCCCCCGCUCCCACUGAUCGGCUGGGUUAAAUAUCAGUAGCAGCAAGGCAUUGUGGGUUGCAUAUAGGAAUCCUUCGAGCUGCACAGUCUCUUAGUUAUCUUUUACCCUAAAACAAGACGAUAGCAUUUUCUACUUAAUCACAAACCACCCCAUGUUGCCUGUCCAGUUUGUUUACCCCCCCCCCCCCCCCCCCCCCCCGGGUAGUUUCAGGUGCAGGUGCACAAGCUGCCCCUCCUUGAAGCUUUCUGACCACAUUGUAACACCAUGAACUAAGCAUGCGAAUCCUGCCUACAUGCAGCAGCAGGGGGUUAUGAAGGACAUCUAAAACUUGGUACAAUCUAAAUAUUCUUUUUAAAAAUGUAUCUCGCAAAGUUUUUGUCUUUUCAUAAUAAAAAAAUGUCUCCCUUG